AUGACAGUUGCUCAAAUAAAACAGUCAAUCAAGGAUAUUAUACCCUCUUAUGACGGAGAAGAUAGGACAAAAUUGACAAGUUACAUUGACUCAUUAUACAAUUUAAGUUUAAGGCAUUCAAGAGUACUACCGAAUAAUUCAGAAAUAGCUAGAUAUCACCUUUGCACUUUUGUUAUAAUUGAGAAAUAUAAAAACUUAUUUGAUCUACCACAGCCCGAUGUUUCAAGAAUACCUAUACAGCCACAAAUUGCGAAAAAGCUACUAGAAGAUUUUAGAGAGUUUGUUAAUCAACUAUCAGCAUCAAGUACACCCGUUUCAACUCCAAAAAAGCAAAAACCUGCUGCACCUAUAUCAACACCUAGACAAUCAGGAUCACCUUUAAAGAAAAUUCAAGCUCUAGCUUCAUCUCCAUCGCCAUCUCCAUCAAAAAAUUCAACUCGUUAUGAUUUCAAAACCGUCCUGAUAGAAGAAUUUAUCACAUUUUGCAAUGCCUUUUACAUUCCAUCGGAAUUCACUAAACAAAUGCUCAAAACUUUUUAUUCCCACAAGCAUAAAUUUGCGAAAAAGAGUGAUUGGUCAUUAGCUUGUGGUAUAGUUUAUGCCGCGUAUAUGAGAAUAAAUCAUCUUUUAUUAUCAACAAAAAUGGGUGCGAGAUCGGAAUUUAUGACGCUAUUAUUACAAUAUCAAAAAGGUGGUUUACUGAAAGAUUCAUUACAGACAUGGUGUAGUUUAGUAGAAGAGUGGGUGAAAGAUGAACAAUGGGUUCAAGAUAUUGAAAGACAAUACGUCUUUGGUAAUCAAACUAUUGAAGAAAAAAUAUCUGAUGAAGAAUAUAGAGGAAGAAUAGGAGACGGUUGGGAACAACUCGAAAGAUUAGGAGCAAUGAUUCAUGGUGAAGUACUAUAUCAAUCUGAUUCUCAAAUUGAAUAUUAUAAGAAUUGGUCAGAGAAAGCGUGUAAUGCAUGUUAG